UGCAUAGUAGACGGUCAAAUUAUACCAAUGGCACUUUGGAGGGUUACCUUUGACAGGUGACAACAGUUGCAUUUGACCAUCCCAGUGUUAAAAGUGGUGGUGGCUGAGGUGCGUAGUGACCCGCUCUAUCCACUGGGGGAUGAUCGAGCUCUGCAUGCGCUGCGGCACAUGCUCGAUUUGGACGAGGCACAACUCCUCAAUAACACGCACAAUGGGAAAUAGGGGAGGUAGAGGCAACGGACAGAUGUGUGAUGCGCUAACUUAACCGUGGGUUAUUUCACAUAUGAACAUAAACUUUAAUUUGCCCUUUGAAUAGGCUGAGCUAUUGAUACUCGCUAGACCUGCGUUUUAUAUUGUUUCGCUUCCAGCACUGAUGCAGCGGUGGAUCUUUUUUCGGGAAUGGGGGUGAUACUCAAUAGAUAGAUCCUGUUGAAUUGAGACAAGACAACGUCGAGACGCGUCAAAAAAGUGUCAUCCCCCGAGUGCAAUCGAACACAGAUGUAUAGGUGAUAUGUUCGCCGGUUGGAUACGUCGAGGGAUUUUAAUAUUCCCAAAACAAGAUGCGAAAUUGGGCAAACCAAGGAAUUGCAUCCUCACCUACAGCACAUUUUGUAAGGUGCUGAAACGAUUUCGUUCGGCCUUUAUCAAAUGUAAGGAGAAUGUCUAAAUGAAUGAAGCUGCUGAAGACGUCAGCAGAAUAAAGUCAUUCAGAAUCACUGAAGGUGUACAGGAUAAAAGGGACGGUUUUCUCAUCACCUAAGAUGGCAACCAGGAGGGACCACGAAAAUGCAAAAAUGCCGUAUUUCUGCAAGUACUCACACUGGAGUUAACUACCUGAGGGACACAUGAGGUGGUUUUGUGAAUAUAUUGUCCAAUAACUGGUGAUUUAAUAGGCUGUACAUUUGAAAAUAAUUUAAGGCCUACACAUUCACAGCCUAUAUUUUCUUGGCUGUAAUAAUGAUGUCAUAAAAUAUGAGUUCGUUUUUACAAAAAUAUAGUAAUGUGUUUUAUGUCAACGACAACGUGAACUGUGUUCAAAAAUGGACCUUUAAUUGCGCAUUCUUAACUCACCUACGCCUCACUGAAUAACAGGUGCCUGCUAUCUGUCAAAGCAGGAUCAACCAACCUGUGCGCCCUUUGCUACAACUUGUUACUUUCCAUUGGCCUACACGAGUCGCUAAAGGGAUCACAUCAUUCACUGGGAACUGAAUUUACACCCUCCUCAAAAUGGAGUUUGCCAUGAUAGGUUCAGAUAAUGGAUGCAAAACUCGACUGCCUUACGGGUAUGCUCGCGCACGGGAAAGGGAGCACGAAAGGGAGAGACAGGUACAACAGGCAACAGCCGCUGCUGAAGGUGCAGCAAUUGGAGAGGGAGGGGAGUCCUCUGGCCAUCUCCUUAACAACCACCAGCAGCAUCAGUCUCGCACCGCCUCCUCAUCAAAUGCCAACAACAGUAGCGGCAGUACCGUCUCGCGCCCCUCCUCCUCGCAACAGCCACAGCAGCACCACCAUGAGUCUGAGCAGCAGGUUCUCAGAGAAAGGAAAAAGCAACGCGGCGUAGGACGUUGGAGAAGGAGUCGCCAGACUCUCGGUGGGGACUUGCGCCACUCGGAGUUGGCGCUACUUGGAUCCGAGGAGGAUAUGAUAGAGGAGGACGAGGCGGAAGGCGGAGAAGAGGAGGACGGGGGAAGCAAGAGUUCCAGUUUUCUCUGUAAUAUGGAUGAUGAAGAGACUGUCUCACUCACAGAUAGACGUCCCCAAUCAGGAUACGAACAUGUUUACAGUGAGUAUGGGUGCUGUGAAAGAGUUGUUAUUAAUGUGUCCGGACUAAAGUUUGAAACUCAACUUAAGACUCUCACACAGUUUCCUGACACUCUUUUGGGAGACCCGGACAAACGAAUCAGGUACUUCGACCCUCUAAGGAACGAAUAUUUUUUUGACAGGAACCGACCAAGCUUCGAUGCCAUUCUUUAUUAUUACCAGUCGGGGGGGCGAUUGAAGAGACCGCAAAAUGUACCUUUUGACAUCUUCUCUGAGGAGGUGAAAUUCUAUGAACUUGGGGAGGAGGCAAUGCUGAAGUUUCGGGAGGAUGAGGGUUUUGUCAAAGAGGAAGAGAAACCCUUACCAGAGGACGAGUUCAAACGCCAAGUUUGGCUUCUUUUUGAAUACCCAGAGAGCUCACAACCUGCGAGAGGGAUUGCAGUCGUGUCCGUUUUAGUCAUUGUUAUAUCAAUAGUCAUUUUCUGUAUGGAAACGUUGCCAGAGUUCAGGGACGAAAAAGAAUACCUUAAACCACGAGAUAAUUCGACAGAACCCCAUGGACAGACCCCUUUUAACGACCCAUUUUUCAUUGUGGAGACGGUAUGCAUUAUUUGGUUUUCAUUUGAGAUUAUUGUGCGCUUCUUUGCAAGUCCAAGUAAAACGGAUUUCUUUAAAAACAUUAUGAAUACUAUAGACAUUGUAUCCAUUUUGCCUUAUUUCAUCACGCUCGGCACAGAUCUUGCUCAACAGCAAGGCAAAGGGGACCAGGCAAUGAGUUUUGCAAUCUUGAGAAUAAUCCGCCUUGUCAGAGUCUUUCGCAUCUUUAAACUCUCCAGGCACUCCAAAGGACUGCAGAUCCUCGGACAUACCCUCCGUGCCAGUAUGAGGGAACUAGCGCUUCUGAUUUUCUUCCUCGUUAUUGGUGUCAUUUUGUUCUCAAGUGCAGUGUACUUCGCCGAGGCAGACGAACCCGCGUCUCAAUUCACAAGUAUUCCCGACGCUUUUUGGUGGGCUGUCGUCACUAUGACCACGGUCGGAUAUGGAGACAUGAAACCAAUAACUGUCGGCGGGAAGAUAGUUGGCUCGCUCUGUGCCAUAGCGGGUGUGUUAACCAUAGCUCUUCCAGUGCCCGUCAUUGUAUCCAACUUCAAUUACUUCUACCACAGGGAGACUGAUAAUGAAGCAGACUCGCCACCGGUUGUUGAAACCCCACCACCUGCCUGCCCCUAUUUCCCCAACUUUCUAAAAAAAUUUAAAGGUUCCCCCUCAGGCUCUUCGCUGGGUGAUAAAGCUGAGUACAUGGAGAUGGAAGAGGGGGUAACGGAGUCGUUGUGUGGGGUGGACAAAAGCCCGAGUAAAGGAAAUGGGACAGACAUUGGCAGGAAAAACAGUACAUGUUCAAAGUCACAACAGACUGAUGUGUGAUGACAAAAAAAAA